AUGGGUGCUGGGGCUGCUUCUGCGACCCCCGAGCCAACUGGCGGCCCCGAGGUGUCCACGAAAAGUGUGUGCAGCAACACCCUCUAUGCUGUGCUCAACGUCUCUCGUACCGCGACGAUGGAGGAGAUUACGGCAGCUUACCGCAAGCUUGCCCUCGCGCACCACCCUGACCGCCCAAACGGCUCGCAGUCGAAGUUCCAAGAGAUUCAACGCGCCUACGAGGUUCUCAGUCAGAAGGAUGCGCGCGCCACGUACGAUGUCCUGCUGAGAGGAAGACUCGCCAUGCAGAACUUUAAGCGUCCACCCCCGCUAGAGUCGGUGCUGCAGCCUGUCUACGCGCUACUCGCCGACGGCGCCUUCUACGAGUUCGAGGCGGCGCCCAGCAAGCUCAAGUGCAGCAUUCACUAUGGCGACGGCAUUCAGUUCAACAACGACUGCGGCAGCUUCAUCGGGCUCGCCGGCGACGGCUUCAUAUAUUGGACCAUCAGCGGGCGUGGGUUUGCUUCGCGGCUGUGCAAGGCCGGGAGCAGCUUCGCCCUCUCGAGCGUUCGUGUCAUGUAUCGUAGCAACAUGGGGUUGCUCAAGGUGCCACUAAAGCGCUCAUCUUUAUGGUCUUCCCUCACCCGUCGCCCCGCCGACUCUUCUGGAAGCAAGCGGGCUGUGAAAGGCAAAACCGUCGAUGCUGGGUCCUCUGAGAGAGCGAGGAGCGCCAUCGGUGCACCCGCUGCCAAAAUGUCCGAGGCGGAUCGCAUCAAGAGGGUGCUGCUGAACAAGGAACGAAGCCGCAAUUUGCAGAGGCGGAUGGAGAUGCUGAAGGAGGAGGAGGCAGUGGAUCGCAAUUAUCUCCAGCAGGAUCUGUGGGGGCAGUUCAGCUCGCUGCACACGACAGCAGAGGCGGCGUUUCGGUGUACGCUGCAAGGCAUCGCUGUGCCGGUAGAGAUGGCUCUUUGGAUGGGCUAUAAAUCUCCGGAGGAGGUGAUGCUGCGCUCAUCCGACGCAUGCACCUCGCCACUGCUAGCCGAGCAGGUGUCGCUGCAGGACUCAUUCUGGAUAGACCCGUUGCGGAGCGACUACUACAGCGACGACGAAGUACUUCGGGAAGACUGCGACGACAAGAAGGAAGACAGCAGAAAUUGCACUACUAACGGCGGAGACAACACUGCGCGUUCAAAGUCUGGGAGCGCCGACAGAUCGCCUUUCUUUUUGCAGUCCAUGCCAGCUUUCGACGCCGCGCCAGAUGGUGGCGCCUGUCACGGACAUUCGGCGACGGCACCGGAGACGCACUCACCGACUCUGCAUCGCUUCAAAGAAAGUGUGGCUGCCGUCACUGGAGCUUCGAAUGGGACGGAAGUGGAAGGGAAAAAAGUAUUUGCAUCCCCGUCCUCGCCGCCACCGCGCCAAAUACUACCGAUAGAGUCGUCAGGUGAAGCCGUCCCGCUGCACCCCACAAGCGACUCAUGCGCCCCUCUCACCUCGCAACCGUCUUGUGCCGCGAAUGGGCCGGUAAAGAAACUUGGAGCGAAGGAGGUGGCGCCGCUGACCGGCUUGAAGAGCAACAGUCAGCCUCACUCUAGCGGGCUGCACACCAGCGCAGAGUCGGGUGAGCUCGCUUCGUCUUCCCUCGGCGUUUCCUCGCGGGCGACGGGCAGGACCGUGAGGGCGGCAGCCCGAGCAGAGAGACAUGUUGCAGUGAGCGACUCCGCUGCUGCAUCCCCUUCUCGGAACGUCGGUGGUAAGCAGGGGCGUUCCCUGCGGGCUGGUUCAAAGGCGGCGACCGCCUACUCGCACGCCAGCCCGCAGAAGGUUUCUAUCACCGAGACACCUACAAGAGAGCUCAGCAAGGGCCAAAAAGCUUGCCCGCUGCUUCCAAGACGAAAACACAGCGGCAGUGGCGUUGGAGAUGCGAUGCUGCCGGUGAGGUUAGCGUCCGCUCUUGAGGAGAAACCAAAGCGGGUUACGAAAGGCAAUGAUGCGGUUCUGAGCAACGACAAAAACCUCUCGAAAAAGGAAAAAGGGCAGACAAGGCCACGGUGGAUGAUGGCGACCGAGGCUUACGAGCGCCGCGCAAACUUACCGCUGGAAAAAUCCCUCAACGCGGCAACACAGGGCUCCUCGUUCUGUCAUGAGGACCAUCGAGCGUACAAAAGCUUGACUGCUGAUCAACUUUUUGAAGAGGAGCGCGCCUUCAUGGAAUCCUUUUCUAAGACGAAGCGUAUUGUCUGA